GUUUUUUAAUACAAGGGAGAAAAAUAGAGAGAAUAGAGAAAAGAGGGGAACUUUGGCAGAGGAAACCCUUGCGGAAGACUGAACUUUGUUCCUCUCUUUCUCUAUUGCUCUUGCUCAUUCCGCCCAGGGUUCGAUCAUCGUUUAUCUAUCACUGUGAGUAGAAAGCCAUGGCCAGUUUUGGAGGAUCCAUACAGAAGUGCAGAGCAUGUGAAAAAACGGUUUAUCUUGUUGAGAAACUAGCCGCAGAUGGUCGUAUAUAUCACAAGGCCUGCUUUCGAUGCCACCAUUGCCAGAAUACCCUUAAGCUAAGCAACUACUGUUCUAUCGAUGGGGUGCUCUAUUGCAGACCGCACUAUGAUCAACUCUUCAAGAGAACCGGAAGCCUGGACAAAAGUUUUGAAGGAACGCCCAAAAUUCAGAAACCAGAAAGAUUCGAGAGUGAGAACGCCAAAACACUGGCAAAGGCUUUUGGGGGGACAAAAGACAUAUGCUUGUGUUGCAAAAAGACAGUGUAUGCCACUGAGAAGGUUACGGUUAACGGGACUCCUUAUCACAAGGGCUGCUUCAAAUGUACCUAUGGAGGUUGUACUAUAAGCUCAUCAAAUUUUGUUACACAUGACACAAGGCUCUACUGCAAACAUCAUCACAUUCAACUUUUCAAGGAGAAAGGGAAUUACAGUCAGCUUGAGACUACUGAAGUUUCUGCUUAAUGUCAAUAAAAAGAUUGUUGGUAGUUUUGGAAAAUGGGUGCUACAAGUUCACUUAAAUGUUACUCUGGUCUUGUACAAGUACUAUAAGGUGAAAUUUGCUAUGUAUUCAUCAUAAGAAUGCUUUUCGGCAUUUUAAUUAAAAUUAGAAGAGCUCUUCUCUUGUA